AUGGCGCCGAGCUCGAAAGCGGAGCGGGGCGGCCCCGGGGGGAAACGGGGGGCGGCGGGGGGGGCCGGGCCCGGGGCUGCACCCCGAGGCCGCCGAGAGCACCUCGUGAGGCAGCUCGACCGCGUGCGGCUCAGCGGGCAGCUCUCGCCCCGACUGUUCCGGAAGCUUCCGCCGCGCGUCUGCGUCACCCUCAAGAGCAUCGUGGACGAGGAGUUUCUGUGGGCAGGGCACAUCUUCCUGGGUUUCUCCAAGUGCGGCCGCUACGUCCUGUCCUACACCAGCAGCUCCGGGGACGACGACUUCUCCUUCUACCUGUACCACCUGUACUGGUGGGAGUUCAACGUGCACAGCAAGCUGCGCCUGGUGCGCCAGGUGCGGCUGUUCCAGGACGAGGAGAUCUACAGCGACCUUUACCUGACGGUGUGCGAGUGGCCCGGGGACAGCGACAAGGUCAUCGUCUUCGGCUUCAACACGCGCUCGGCGCCGGGGCUGCAGGUGAACAUGAUGCUGAUGAGCGACGAGAACCACCGCGACAUCUACGUCAGCGCCGUGGCCGUGCCCCCGCCGCGGCACUGCGCGGCCUGCCGCCGGGCCAGCGAGACCCCCGGUGAGGCCCCCCCCGCCUGCCUGCGCCACGGCUUCCUGCUGCACACCAAGUUCCAGGUGGUGUACCCCUUCCCCACCUUCCAGCCCGCCUUCCAGCUGCGCAAGGACCACGUCGUGCUGCUCAACACCAGCUUCUCCCUGGUGGCCUGCGCCAUCGCCGUGCACCCCGCGGGUGACAGCAGCUCCCAGCAGAUCCUCUACAAGCGCCGGAACCUUCCAGGCCCCGACCGGAGUGGGGACAGCGCCCCCCCAGAGCCCCCCCAGCAGCCAGAGGGGUCUGGGGGCGCCCCCCCGGCCGCGCCGCCCCCCCCGGGACCCCCCCAAACCCCCGAGCUGCCCCCGGCCCCCCCUUCCCUGGCGGUAGCCAAAGCCAAGGAGUUCGUGGCCGACCUGUUCCGGAGGGCUCAGGGCGCCGGGGGAGGGCCCGGGGGGGCUCACGGCGAGGGGGGGGACGACCCCCCGCCCUCCCCCCGCGGGCCCCCCCACCCCGAGACCCCCCCCACAGUGCCCGGUAGCCCCCCGGGGGACCCUCACCCGCCCGGGACCCCCCCCGAGCCCGGCUACGUCAACUACACCAAACUGCGCUACGUGCUGGAGCCCGGGGAGCCCCCCGAGGAGCUGGAGGAUGACAAGAUCUCGCUGCCCUUCGUGGUGACCGACCUGAGCGGCCGCAGCCUGAGGCCGCUGCGGGAGCGAGCCACGGCCCAGGGGCAGUACCUGACGGUGGAGCAGCUGACGCUGGACUUCGAGUACGUCAUCAACGAGGUGAUCCGCAACGACGCCGCCUGGGCCCGCCAGUUCUGCUCCUUCAGCGACUACGACAUCGUCAUCCUCGAGGUGUGCCCCGAGACCAACCAGGUGGUGAUCAACAUCGGGCUGCUGCUGCUGGCCUUCCCCUCCCCCGACGAGCAGGGGCAGCUCCGCCCCAGGACGUACCACACGAGCCUCAAGGUGGCCUGGGACCUCAACAGUGGCACCUUCACCACCGUGGGGGUGGGGGACCUGACUGAGGUCAAGGGGCAGACCAGCGGCAGCGUGUGGAGCUCGUACCGCAAGGGCUGCGUGGACACGGUGAUGCGCUGGCUCGUGCCCGAGGGGCCCGGCCGCGGCGUGCACAGGAUGACCAACGAGGCCCUGCACAAGGGCUGUUCCCUGAAGGUUCUGGCGGACAACGAGCGCUACACCUGGAUCGUGCUGUGACACCUGGGCACACCUGGGCACACCUGGAUCGUGCUGUGACAUCUAGAGACAACACCUGGGACAGCUGGGGACACCCCGGGGACACCUGGCUCGUGCUGGGACACCUGGGCCACCCAGGACGUCACCUGGGCCACCUGGAUUGCGCUGUGGCACCCGGGGACACGCUGGGGACAGCUGGGGCAUCACCUGGGCACAGCUGGACGCUGCUGGCACACCUGGAUCCUUCUCCACACGGACACGGGCCCAAGCCCCGCCCCUUUUGGGGCCUUUGGUUUUCUUUUUUUUUUUUUUUUUUUUUUCCUUUUUUUCUUUUUUUUUUUUUUUCCUUGUUUUUUUUUUCCCUUCUCCUUUUGCCGUUCAGUGUUUUAUCGGGGGGGAUCUCAAAUCCCCCUCCCCAUAAUAAAAACUCCCGUU